UAUGUAUUCACACUUGGUCUUACAGCAUCGUGAUAAUGUCACGAGAGCAUACUUAUAUGCCUUGGCUGUUGCCAUUGUACGUACGUUCCUCACCGUCUGGAGUAUGGUACCUAGGUAUGGCUGCAUAGUGUGAAGGGAGCGAAUGACGUAAUGCGCACUAAAACAUUGUGAAAACCGCCUAAUACCAACUCGUUACCGCAUCUUCAUUCCGUUCAAGAUCUCAACUUCAACAUUUCAUUCUACAAGGAUAACAGUUAUCCCGACGGAUGCCGGCAUUCACACCAAUUCUUCGCAUAUCAAAUCAGCUUUGCACCAAUCUCGAGCUACGAAAUUUUUCACCAGGAUUGGAUGUCACGUCGUCUCUUGCGAAUUGGGAAGGCCAAUAGAACAACGUUUGAACACAUCCUGAGAAAGAGAUUGGAAAAUCCGUUGAAGGAACAAAGAGCUCUCGUCUCUGUACCAGCUCCCCAAGCCAGACAACGAACCCAACAUAUACACACCAUGCAACAAUCACCCUCCAGACGCGGCCCUCCAAACCGGCAUCCCCCUUCUUCAGAGCCAUUAAGAGGCACCCAUACAGGUCGCGGCCGGGGCGACUCCAAUCCCAUCUCAGACCGAGGCCGAGGCCGAGGACGAGGAGCAUCUAGGGGCAGGGGACAAGGCCGCGGUCGCGGCAGACCCAACUUCAGACCGGACCCUGACAAUCCCCCCGUCCCCUCCUUCGCAUACAUCCACCCCGGAACAAGCGUCUCGAUCAUCCUAAAACAAGAUCAACCCACCGGCCACCAAGUCCGCGGUAUUGUCGCAGACCUGCUAACGCGUGGAGACCAUCCUCGAGGCGUGAAAGUAAGGUUACGUGAUGGAAGGGUGGGGAGGGUUCAGAAGCUUGUUAGUGAGAGCGAAGGGCAGCAAGGUGAAGCUGUUGUUGGGGGCGCUGGGGCGGGGCUGGGUAGGGAUGGUGAGGGCGGUGGUGGAAGUAGUAUGGGUAGAGCGGCUGGGAGGAUGGUUGGAGGGAGGGUGGAGAGAGAUAUUAGGGAUGAAGAUGAGUAUCUUUAUGAUGAGGGGAAGAGUUGGAGACAGCCGGCUGAUGUGGGACUGUUCGCGGCAUUGGAGGAGGCGGAUCGGAGACAUCAGGGUGGAGGGGGUGCAGAUGUGAGGGGGGUUGAGGUGGCGACGUGUCCGGUUUGUGGGGAAUUCGAGGGGGAUGAGGCGGCGGUUGCGCAUCAUGUUGAGGAACACUUUGGGGGAUGAGAUGUGUGGGAAUGGAGGGUUUUGUGUGCUCUGUGCUGUGUUUAGAGAUGUUUUUAUGUACGUGUACGUCUGGUUCGAGUAGCGCAUUACCGGCUUCGCGAUAUCAGCGUCUCUCAUACG